AUGGGUGCUGACGAACCGCGCUUUCGUGUUCUUCAUGUGAGUAACAUUUCGAUGUCAGCCACUAAGGAACAAAUCUAUCAGUUAUUCGCAUUCAUCGGUCGGAUCGACGAAUUCAAGAUGUAUCCAACAGACACUCAUCCGCAACUCUCAACGUUCUCUCAGAAAUUUGCUUAUGUCAAAUUUGAGGAAUCCAAAUCUGUUGAGGUUGCGCAACAUCUUACUAAUACAGUCUUCAUUGAUCGUGCACUCGUCUGUAUACCAUCUAUUUCGGAUGUAGUUCCCGAUGAGGAGACGGCGCUGAAGACUGGUGGACCGGCAUGGCCUGGCCAACGACAGUUGCCACCAAAUGUAGUGAAUCAAGUGCAAGAUCUCGGUGACGGCCAACAAAUGUCAGUUGUUAGUGUGAGUUGUGAUCACACAACACAACACCACCAAAUGCAAGCGCAUACGAUGGUUGUUGCUAAAAGCAGUGGUGUUACUUGCAACUAUUUUCCGGCGCUCACUGUUCCGCAUUUCAAUUUCGAUCCCAGCAAAGAUGCUUUAUGCACUGUGUGUUUGCUUCUAAUUUUUGAUGAACGACUAUUUGAAUUUCAGUUGCUUACAGUGGAUCCGACGUUGACGGCGCUUGGAUUGCCUCCGUAUCCAGCGUUGAGUGCGAAUACAGAUGCGUCAAAAGUGGAGGAAAUUCGUCGUACCAUCUAUGUCGGUAAUCUACCGAAGGAAUGUGAUCCGCAAGAGGUGAUGCAGUUCUUCAAUGAUAACAUUGGCGAGGUGAUGUAUUUGCGUAUGGCUUCUGGCAAUGAGAAUUUGCAAUGUGGCUACGCAUACGUUGAGUUUACUAACCAGCCUACUGUACCGAUUGCGUUACAAAAUAACGGGAUUGAAUUCAAGGGCAGAUGCUUACGCAUUCAACAUUCAAGAGUUGCGAUAAUAAAGCCUGAGCAUAAAACUGCCGAUAUGGCACUGCAAGAGGUUGAAGAGGCCAUUCGGGUUAACCAAAACCCUGAAAAAUCGUCCAGUGCACUCAACAAGCUGAAUCAAGGCAUCGAUAGAGCAUAUUCACCGUUGCGACGCUCAGUAUCACCGAUUCGUCGUCGAAGUCGAUCGCGUGAUAGGAGACGGCGGUCUAGAUCAAGAUCACGUCGGCGUCGCAGUCGAAGCCGUUCUAGGGAUCGCAGAAGUCGUUCACGUGAGCGCAGAAGACGUUCGCGUUCUCGUGAUCGAGAUAGACGUCGUUCGCGGUCAAAGGAUCGCAAGGAUAAAGACAAGGAUCGGCAUACGAAGGACAAGGAUCGUGGAAAAGACAAAGAAAGAGAAAAAGAACGCAAAGAUAGGAAACGUAGUCGAAGCAGGACACCGAAAAAGAAGGAUGAUAAAGAUAAGUUUGUCCAAUUACAGGAUCGUAGGAAAGAAAAAGAAAGUGAACGAAAAAGAGAUAAAGACAAAGGUCGUGAGAAGGAGAAAGAAAAGAAACGCGAAAGUAAAGUUGAAAAAAGUAGACGUGAAAAAGUGGCUGAUAAGAAGAGUUCAAAGGAUAGAGAAAAGGAUAGGGAUAGAGAAAGAGAAGGUGAUGAAGAGAUAAGACGGAAAAGCGAAAGCAACAAUACUAAGACGACGACAGCUACGAGCAGCACUACAAAAGCAGAUGUGAAAUUACAAAUUGAAGAUGGUGAAGGAAUGGAAGUGGAUGCAGUCACACCAUCAACAACCAAUGAAGAAUCAAGAAUGAGAGAACGUCUUCUAGAGAAAGUGAUGGCCAGAAAUGGAGGUGGUAGUAGUAACGAACAGAGCGGUGCCUCAUCAAAAACUUACGAGAAACAAAACGGUAAAGAGAAAGAAUUGGAUAAACGAGAAGGAAAUAAUGACGAGAAAUCACCGGAACAAAAGAAGAAAAGGCCAACAGUUAGUUCGUCUUCGUCGUCGGACUCAUCUUCAUCAGAUUCCGACUAA